AGCACCGCUCCGCGUCGCUCGGGGCGGCGGCCCCACUCCGCCGCCAGCCAGCCCAGCUCCCCAGGGCUACCCAGACCUCUCUACCCCCGGCCCGCCCGGCUCCGCAGAAGCGUCCCGGCUGGAACGCGGUCCCGGCCACGUGGGGAGGGGAGUGGCCCAGUUGCUCAGGAGCGCUUCCAAUUGGCGGGGAGGCGGGCUUCCUGGCGGCCCGCCGGCAGGACCCCUCCCCCGAAGGCGGGGCCUGAGGAUUCACAGCUGGAAAGGGCGGAGCCCGGGCAGCGCAGCUGGAAAGGGGCGGGGCCUGAGGCGCGCGGCUAGCCGCGGCGGGCUGGGGGCGCCCUGGGCUGCCAUAAAGUGAAUGGGCGCCGGCGGGGGGUGGCAGUCCGCGGCGAGGCGCACUCACUCCCUCCGCGAAUCUGGGAACGCCGGAGCCCAGCUGCGGCCCGGGAGCAGGGGGGCGGCCCCCACCCCGGCCGGGUGUCCGGCCCCUGGCCCCUGCCUGCCCUCCAGACCGCCGCCGCCGCCGCUGACGCCGCUGCUGUCGGGAGUCUGUCUGCUGCGGGACGCACUAGCCCUCCAUGGAGUUCGGUCUGCUCAGCGAGGCGGAGGCCCGGAGCCCUGCCUUGUCGCUGUCCGACGCGGGCACUCCCCACCCCCCACUCCCAGAACACGGCUGCAAAGGCCAGGAGCACAGCGACUCGGAGAAGGCCUCGGCAUCGCUGCCAGGCGGCUCCCCCGAGGACGGCUCGCUGAAGAAGAAGCAGCGGCGGCAGCGCACGCACUUCACCAGCCAGCAGCUGCAAGAGCUGGAGGCCACCUUCCAAAGGAACCGCUACCCCGACAUGAGCACGCGCGAGGAGAUCGCCGUGUGGACCAACCUCACCGAGGCCCGCGUGCGGGUGUGGUUCAAGAACCGGCGCGCCAAGUGGCGGAAGCGCGAGCGCAGCCAGCAGGCCGAGCUGUGCAAGGGCGGCUUCGCGGCGCCGCUCGGAGGGCUGGUGCCGCCCUACGAGGAGGUGUAUCCCGGCUACUCGUAUGGCAACUGGCCGCCCAAGGCGCUCGCCCCGCCGCUCGCCGCCAAGACCUUCCCGUUCGCCUUCAACUCGGUCAACGUGGGGCCUCUGGCCUCGCAGCCCGUCUUCUCGCCACCCAGCUCCAUCGCCGCCUCCAUGGUGCCCUCGGCCGCAGCCGCCCCCGGCACGGUGCCUGGACCCGGGGCCCUACAGGGCCUGGGCGGGGGCCCUCCUGGGCUGGCUCCGGCCGCCGUGUCCUCGGGGGCCGUGUCCUGCCCGUACGCCUCGGCCGCCGCAGCCGCCGCUGCAGCCGCCUCCUCCCCCUACGUCUAUCGGGACCCGUGUAACUCGAGCCUGGCCAGCCUGCGGCUCAAAGCCAAACAGCACGCCUCGUUCAGCUACCCCGCGGUGCCCGGGCCGCCCCCCGCCGCCAACCUCAGCCCGUGCCAGUACGCUGUGGAACGGCCCGUAUGAGCGGCGGGCUGUGGACCGUCUUCGAGGGCGGGGGCGAUCGUUCGCAGCCUCCCCGGACUGGGGUCUCAUCCAGGCUGGCUUGCCCCCGCUCCAGGGUCGGACAGGGAUGCUUGGGCAGCUGGGGGGGGGGGGGGCGGCCGGCUCAGGAGAGGGCCUUCCCCUCCCAGCCCUGAGGGGUGCACUGGGCCCUACACACAGACCGCGCCCCUGGGACUAUGGCCAGGGACAGGGACCAGCUCCCCGGGGGCCAGCGCACCCUUGGCCCAUCCCGCCUUCUCCAGACUCCCCCUCCCCAGUUUUCAAAGAUAAAUGAAAUAAACGUGCGCGGACUGUCGAAGGCCUGAUGAUUCAGAGUCGCGGUUGAGCCCUCUUUCCCGUCAUCCUUCCCGACUGUCUAGGAGAGAGCUGGAUGUACAGGAAUGAGGUGAGGGUUCAGACUUACAGGGAGCCAGUGCCCCCCCCCCCAUCCCUUUGCUCCAGGACUGGGGAGCCCAGGAACCCGGGGAUUCCAGGAGCAACCGGGCGCGCGCAGGCGUGGAGGCCCGGCUGCUUGGCUGGCGUCGGCCAAAGGCGGUGCCGCGACGCCACCUCGUGGUCUCAGGGAGGAUAGCUGGCAGGUGGGGGGUCUCGAACGCCUGCUUGCCCGCGUCAAUUCUGCAACUUAGGAAAACCUGACUUGAGAUAAGGUACUCGGCCUUUCUGCACCUGUUUCUCACUGUUCCUAUGAGGGGCUUGCGCCUCUAACAGCAAUAAAAUUCUGGUCUGUGAUGGACAUUUAUGAAGCGCC